GGAAGGAAGAGGCAGGCAGGCAGGCUGGCAGGCAGGCUGGCGGGCGCGGGGGUCUGGGACUGAAGCAGUAGAGGCGGGCGAGAACCCGGCCGCCGCCUCGCGCUGGUGCUGCGCCGGCUUUCGGAGCGGCGGCCGCUCAGUGCGCGGAGGAGCCGGGCUCGGCGGGCUCCUCCCCGCGCCGCGCUCGCCUCCGGGGCCCGCUCCCCGCCCCCCGCGGUAUGUCUUGAUCCCGAGCGGCGGGUUUCAUGGGGCUCCUCAGGAUUAUGAUGCCGCCCAAGUUGCAGCUGCUGGCGGUGGUGGUCUUCGCCGUGGCGAUGUUCGUUUUGCUGAACAAGGUCCAGAAGCAGGAGGAGUCCCUGUCGAAGCUGGAAAGGGCUUUUGCAAGACAUGAAGUUCGAGAAAGUGAGCAGCGACACACACUGGAUGGACCUCGACAAGAUGCAGCGUUAGAUGAGGAAGAAGACAUGGUGAUCAUUUAUAACAGAGUUCCCAAAACUGCAAGCACCUCAUUUACCAAUAUCGCCUAUGACCUGUGUGCAAAGAAUAAGUACCAUGUUCUUCACAUCAACACUACCAAAAAUAAUCCAGUGAUGUCACUGCAAGAUCAGGUGCGGUUUGUAAAGAAUAUAACUUCCUGGAAAGAGAUGAAACCAGGGUUUUAUCAUGGACACAUUUCUUACUUGGAUUUUGCAAAAUUUGGGGUGAAAAAGAAGCCAAUUUACAUUAAUGUGAUAAGGGAUCCUAUUGAGAGGCUAGUUUCUUACUAUUAUUUUCUGAGAUUUGGAGAUGAUUAUCGACCAGGAUUAAGGAGACGAAAACAAGGAGACAAAAAGACUUUUGAUGAAUGUGUAGCUGAGGGCGGCUCAGACUGUGCCCCAGAGAAGCUCUGGCUUCAGAUCCCAUUCUUCUGUGGCCAUAGCUCGGAAUGCUGGAAUGUGGGAAGCAGGUGGGCUAUGGAUCAAGCCAAGUAUAAUCUAAUUAAUGAGUACUUUCUGGUGGGAGUUACUGAAGAGCUUGAAGAUUUUAUCAUGUUACUGGAGGCAGCUUUGCCGAGGUUUUUCAGGGGUGCUACAGAGCUCUAUCGUACAGUAGGAAAGAAAUCUCAUCUUAGGAAAACCACGGAGAAGAAACUCCCAACUAAACAAACCAUUGCAAAACUGCAGCAGUCUGACAUUUGGAAAAUGGAGAAUGAGUUCUAUGAGUUUGCACUAGAGCAGUUCCAGUUCAUUAGAGCCCAUGCUGUUCGAGAAAAAGAUGGAGACCUCUACAUUCUUACGCAAAACUUUUUCUAUGAAAAGAUUUACCCUAAAUCAAACUGAGUACAAGUUGUGACUAUUAGAUUCUGGAACUAGAACUGUGACCCUGUCUUCACCUCUGUUCUCAGCUUCACAUCGUGGAUUGCUGAUACAUGUAUAAGACAAUUUAUAUUGGGCUACACUAGAAAACAGUAACAUCAAGGAAAUAAAUACUGGCUGGUAUGUCAGUGUUCUAAAUUUAAGUUUCAGGCAUUUUUCUUCUGUUUAAAUUUUCGUGACAGUUACAACCUCCUGUGUGGAAGGGGAAAAAAACUUACAUCCCUUAAAAUGAACACGUGGCAGGCUAAAUACAGUUUCAGAAAGUGGUUCUAAUAUUUUUGUUUUUGACAAAGCAUUUUUUUUCCCAACUGUGACUGAAGAUAAAUCCAUUUGCCACUUCCACCUUCUCCAGAGGUUUGCGUUAUACACCUCUUCUGAAUAGUGUUAAUAACUGUUCGGCCGCUUGUGCUUUGUUUCUGUGAAUCAUGUCUCAUGAAAUUUGUUAGAAUGUUUGAUCAUGUUGCUGAGAAAUGCUUUUGGUAUAGUUGGAUUUGCCCGUAUUAAUGUAGGUCGGUUUGGGGUUUUUUUGGGAUGAUGAUCAUUAGUGUUUAAAAUCCAGUUUAAACCAUGAAUACUGUAAAAAGAUAAAGAGUCAAAACAGUAUUUCUUCUUCCUGUCUCCCCAGUAUCUAAGAUUGGAAGGUAGCUCUAAAAAGGUUGGCGUUAGCUGAAGUUUCGGUGAAGACUUCCACACGUUACUGUCAGAAGAGUGAGUUUAGUAUUUGUUUCUCCAUGAGUUAUCUGUAAAGCUGUAAACUGAAGUAUCAGUGACUCUAUAUUAUGACUCCAUUAGUGAGCUGUGGUAUGGGUAGGAUUUUCCUACUUCUUCUGUACUUUUACCUGUAGACUAUUUUUACUGAGGUGCUUUAUAAUGUGUUUUAAAGCGUUGCAUUUACAAAGAAAAGGAAAAAUGCUGUAAAUAUUGCAUAUUUUAUGUAUUUGGACCAAAAAGUUACAAGUAAUUAGACAAAAGUGGUUUUCCACCAGUUUUACUAUGUCAAGUAAAAUCAUCUGACCCGCUCUCUUGUAUUUCUCAUUUAACUUUACUAUUAAGAAAUCACUAAAGUGAAGUUCCAUAACCUUUCGAUUUUGAUAGAAUACAUUAUUCAUAACUGGAGACAGUAGCUAUAGUGGAAAGAGUACUAGAUAAGGAGUCAGAACAGUUUAAUUUGUGCUCCUGGCUCUGCAGUUUCCAGCUGUGUGUUCUUGGGCAAGACACUUGGCCUCUCUUUGCCUCAGUUUCCUCAUCUUGAAAUGAGGAUCAUAAUACCUGCUGUACCUACCUCACAGGGCUGUUGUGAGGACUAGUGAGAUGGCGUGUGACAGCACUUUGUAAAGUGGGACAUAAGCGCAAGGUGUUAUUAUAGAAACACCUUUGACGCAGAGUUUCGUACCAUUCAUUUUUUAACAAAGAAAAGGAAAUGUCCACUUUUAAGCUUUGUGAAAAAAAGUUUAUCUUGAUAUAAAUCUGUGUUUGAUAAAUA